GAAACACCACGACAUCCUUCCCCUCUCCGCCAUCACAGGAGCUCCGCCAUCUAGAGUCCUGUCGCGUAUCCAAUACAGCGACCUCUUGCUCUCUCGUCACCCUUUGAUACCCCCCAAGUGCCACGUUCAAGCUCGCAGUCAUCGAAGACGGGUCAUCGCAUGCGCAGCCCCUCGAACCACCCACAAACAACUCUGAAGACGUAUGAUGGCAACUGAAGCCACCUCCGAACCUAUUGCGACGUUUAGUAUAACACCUGAUCAUGAGCUGAACCUAACUGAAAUCGCGAGCCAAGAUGUCCCCUCCGACGCACCUCUCGUAAACGGAAGCGCCGAUAAAGAUGAACUCAAGCCAGAUACAGAGAAUGUCGAGUCGAUCGUCAACUCCGCGGAGGUCAGUGUUAGUGGAGGAUCGGAUACUGAGGCUUCGAAAGCGGAGACCUCGAAAACUGCAGGCGACGAGAAGGGCCAUGUGCGAACUGCAUCAGCCGUGAAGAAGCCUACCUCUUUCAAGCCCGUCUCAGUCAAUAAGACCUUCCUGGCGGCAAAGGGUGCGACUCCUGCGGCGCCUUCGAAGCUCGGAGACAAAGCAGCCACGGCUGCGGCAACUCAGCCUGGAGCUUCAAGCACGGCAGCGAGGCCACGAUUAGUUGCAAAGUCUGGAAGCGGUCUUCGCGAUUCAGCUCCUCGGGCUUCAACUGCGGCGAAUGGUGGAAAGCCUGGCGCGGCACCUGAUGCGAAUGCUGUGUGGAACAAGAACAGACCGGCCCCACCACCAGAACCCAAGCGAUUCACCGAUGAAGAACUGAAGCAGCGCUAUGGAAUUCAUUUGGCUACGAGACUCCAAUCCGAUGAUCCGGGCAAGCAGGCCAACUGGGCAGAUAUUGAUGACGACGAUGAUGAUUGGGCUCCAGAAUCGAUUGAGUGGACUGAUGGAACAAAGAUUACACUCCCACAGGCUGAUGAGGCACCCGCGCCAUCGCCUGAACCGGUUCCGGCUACACUGAAGGAUGCAAAAGCUGUGGAGACCGCGAAGCCAAAAUCUCCAGCACCUACACAAGCUUCAGCUUCCCCAACUGUGAAGCCUAGCGGAUUUGGUGGUAGAGCCGGAUUAGUCUUGAAGGGUGCGAGUGAGAAGCCAACGUUGGUUGCGAAGCCUCCAGGUCCUCCGACCCCAGUGAAAUCACCAUGGGCUCCUUUACCACCUGUGGAUAAGGCAGCACCCAUUGCAAUCGAUAUUCCUCAGAAUCAACAGCAACAAAGCCGAUUCAACCAGAGAGACCCCCAUGGAUUUCAUGGAAUGCCACCACCACCGGCAAAGGAAAUUGCAGCAGAUGAUUUCAGUCGGUCAUGGAGAGAGGGGGCAAACACCAGUCGAGAGCUGUACAACUCGCAGUCUGGAAGAUAUGAGCCUGUUAAUGACAAUCGCAGAGGAUCCAUGCGCAAUGAUGCCCGUGGUCAGCAGCCUGCAGUCUUACAGAGACCUUCUCAAGGAGAUGGUCCGGCGGAGCCGUCUGCAGCGUUCCAGACACAUCGGGCCAGCGGUCAAGAUGGAGCAUAUGGACGACGUCGUACUUCUUCCAAUGUCAGUGGAGGGAGUGGCAAUUUUGUCAGACGGAUGAGCAGGGGUCGUGAUAUGCCACCUCCUCAUGAGAUGUUGAAUGUACGAAGAGGAUCAUUGGCAGCAGUCAGUGAUGCCCCUUCGUCACCACGAAAUUAUUCGCCUUCGGGACAAAAUCUCCCAGGACAGCGAGGCUACCAAAAUCAACAGUGGCAAUCCCGUGCCUCACCUGUCAUUAGCCACCCUUCACCACAGUCCAUGCACGGACAGAUGGUGCCACCGGCAUCAGCGUCUACGGACAAUCAAAGCCAGCCCACUAGCACGGUUUACGAAGAUCCUCUCGAGGUGCAGAAGAAAAUCAUGCGACAAACCCGUGAACUUGCCAUUAAGCGAAGACAAGAAGAAGAGGCAAAGGAGGAAGCCGCGAGAAAGGAACGAAUCCGCAUCAAGCUUGAAGCCAUGGGUCCCCCGCCAGAGACCAAGAAGAAGUCAUCUCCUCAAGAAGCCAACGUCGCCCCAACACAGAUCCAGACUCGAGAGGCAACCGGUGCUGCACCGACGCAAACUGAGGCGGUGGUGCCUGAAGGUGGUGCUGCUUCAAAGGUGACACCGGACGCAACCAGCCAGCCCAAGGUGCCGAAUUCACUUGAUGGAAAGAUCAAUGACAAGGCUUCCACAAGCGAAGAAAAUCGCACAAACGGAAUUCAUCAAAAUAAGUCGCCAUCUACAAUUCCUCCGACUUCGCAAGACAGCCGCUCUCUCCAAGACAACCGAUCCUCUCACGAAAACAACCGUCCUUCGCAAACAUGGCAGACUGAGGCACCUUCCACAUCGGACAGAUUCAAGCCCUGGGCUCCAGCUCCUUCCCAUCAAACCUCCAAAAACGUUUGGGGUCCACCUACGAACGACAGAACUCUUGGCAACGGCACCUUCAACCCGGAGUUGAGCAGAGUGCCCGAUAUGCAUCAAUCAAUGCGUCCAAACCCCAUCGGGCCACCGAAUUCGAACCGCAAUGGCCAAUUCCAGCAAGGACGGAGUGGUGAACCUUAUGGCUCGCGACCUGCGCCGAUCGGUCCCCCGAACAGACAACCGGCCAUCUCGAACCAACAAGCUGCAAAUCAAGCGGCAGUUGCCAAGUCCGGCUGGGGUAGUCUUCCGGAGAGAUUGGCCGAAGAGGAUGCGGCACUCCAUCGCCAGCAAGAGCUCGAGGAUGCCAGGAAGCGCGAACUGGAAGCACAAGGUGUUGCUCCCGAGAUUCGAGGCCCAGUCAUCAAGGAUACUUGGCGCCAGGUGACGAUCAACGAGGACGGUACACGAAGCAAGGUUCAAGCCAGCCAUACUGCCGUCCAUGGCAAGAACCAGGAAGAAGCAACGACUCGAGGCAUGUUUGAGGAACAAAACACUGUACCCCGUCAUCAUUUGGACUCUGUUGGUAACCAGCAACCAUUCAAUGAUGGUUGGAGAUCAGCUUCUAACAUCAACGCACCUCCCCCUGCUCGAGGCUCGCGAUUCUUCCCAAACAGAGAUGUUCGAUUGGAGGAGCAAUCUUUCGAUAGACCAGGAUCUCCAUCCCCACCCCCGCCUACCAUGGAUGGCCACCCUGCCUACGAUGGUGAUAGCGCACACCCUCAUGUCUCCCUUCCUCGUCCUGCGCCUGUCGUCAAGCUGCCACCACCUACCGUUCUAGCCCCAAUUGGUCCCCCGAAGCCAGCAUCAUUCGCGGCAGCAGUCCAUAGCCCUUCCGUUCAGCCAACUGCUAAUCACAAUACUGGUUAUGGAGGGCAUCAGAACUACACCCAUCAAUACCAAGAUGCUCGCCGUCAAGAGCCGGCUCCUGCAAAUUGGCAGGAUAGGAUCAACUCGUUGAUUGGUCGCAAGAACUCCCCACCGAAGUCGCAUGCUUUCGCAGUAGACUCUUCUAGCAAGAAUGCCCUUGAGCUUCCCAACCAACAAUACUCCGCAACCGUAUCAUUGCCAUCUCGUGGCUCGGACGCAACUGAUGAUGGAACAGUUGAGUCGAAGCCAGCUGCUGAGGAAUGCUUCGAGGAGCAGGAGAUGGGUUCCUUGCCAGUCAUCAAGGUUCCACACACAGCACCUGCAUCGGCUUGGCAAUUGGCCCCUCCUCCAAAACCUAUGCCGCGAAAGUUUGUCAUCUCCGAGGUCACCAGCAUUGAGCCGUUGCAAUUCCCGCAGCAGAUCUCAAACAAUAGCACUUCUCUUCACAUCAAGAUCCCUGGUCAUGACUACACGACUACCGUUACCAUGGCUGUUGCUCGCCAGAGAAGCAACCCCCGAAACCGAGGUGGUUCCCGAGGUACAACACCACGACAUGCUUCAUCUUCUCAUCCUAGGGGUGGCAGAGGUAGAGAUGCAUCGAGCGGCUUCGCGUCUCCGAGUCUCGAGACUGUUUCCGUUUCCUCCAGUCCAAAUUCCUCAGGACGUGGUAAUCGGGGCGGCAGAGGAGGAUAUGGAUCUAACUGGAACAACCGCCACGUUUCUACACCCGUCCACACUUAAUUCGACACGCAUUGGCGGAAGAUAUAUGAAAGGCACGGCCCUUUCUAUUCGAGGAGGCGAUAUCGACCUUCUCGUGUAAUGGAUCAUUUUCCUUUCUCAUGCACCCCACUUUUCACACUACACUUGUAACUGAACCUCAUGAGCGGUGUUUAUCUCGUCGGCAGCUGCUGCAUUUUCAAGCAGCUUGCACUGCGCGGUGUCAUAGCAAUGCUUCAAUUAUUCGAGGCUUGCAUAGUUGACAGGAGCGCACUAUUAGUGCAUAGCAGACGAGGACUAAACAAAACGUACGGAUUGAUAUUCUGGAUCGCAAGCUGCACAUCCUUCAAAGGAUUCAGCAGAGUUGAGAUCUGGUAAUUCAUUGCAGAUUUUGCGUGAUGGCUGUACGCUUUGAGGCCCAGAUGGCGGAGAUCGAGAGAGAAUACAGCGCAGUAGCUACCGAAUAAAGACUUCAAAAACC